AUGUCCUUGCCUUUCACAUUCGUGCUCAGAACGCCGGUCUGCUACUGCGCCGGGGAGGGCAACAAGGUCAUUUUCAAGUCGUUAGAGCUCACGCCCCGACGUGCGGAUACUAUGGCCUGCAAAAGCAACCUGGUUCGGACAUUCCCCAACGUUGCAAUUGCUUUGGAUGCGUCAACCGUGACAGGUGAGAGCUUUUGCAAGCCCUUUGCGAGCCUUCUCUCAGGACUUGGCAUUGAGCCACAUGCCGACGCUCGUGCCCGAGACUCUGCCGACCCGAUGAUGGUCGCACGCAUGAUAACAGGCAUCAUUGGCGGCUCAGGUGGUACUAAGAAAAAGAUAGGUGAAAUUACCAAGAGGACACGCGCAGAAGCCGCCAUGCAAAGCUCAGAAGUCUAG